AUGAGCAUGCGAUUCGGCGCCCACGAUCGGGCCAUGGAGUCGGUCUCGCGCAUUCUGGAUUUGGUCGCCGGAGAACAGACGACGCCGCGCUGGGUGGUGAGCGGUGUCAGAGGCAGAGCUCGAAUGAUUGACUCGGAUGAUACGCUGUCCCUUAUCAUGAAGCGGUGGGGUGUCGGACCCCCAAAGGACCAACGCCAACGUCGCGCGUAUGCACCGACCCUGUCGUCCGAGAUCAUGCGCAUCGGAUUCGUCGCCGCGACUCUCGAUCUGGCGUCCAUGCGCGAUGAACACGGAGGCCUGCAUAUUGCAUCACCCCAAGGAUCGAUGGUGCACAGGAUCCUGCUUGGAUUUGGCAUCAUGUCACGGCUCUCACUCAAUGUCAUACACCUCACCGCCCGGUGGACCAAGAGACUGGACAACCUGUUGAACUCUGUGGCAACAUAA